AUGGCAAUAAAAACAUUUAGAAAGUUCGAAACAAUUCUAAUUAUGUUUUAAUUGGCAUGUAAUAAACAUUUACUCAAUUAAUAUAUGAAUUAUUACAAUAUUCUUGGUGUUUCAAAUAACUCGACAUAGGAACAAAUAAAAAAAGCAUAUCGCGUUCUUGCCAAAUAACAUCAUCCAGUAAAUUAUGAAAAUAUGACCAGGAUAAGAAUCCUGAAUCAGCAGAAUUUAGAAUAAUUUCUGAGGCUUAUCGAAUACUUUCUAAUCCUGAUCUUCGUCAUCGAUAUGACUAGUUCUAAGUAUAAAUGGAAAGACAAAUCAGCUUGUAUAAUAUGAUACGAAAUUUUAUCAAUGGAAAACAAAUGAGAACAGAAGUUAGUAGUGAUAAUAAUACAAAAGACACAGAAAUGAUUGAUAAUGAUUCCAAGAACAAAGAAGUUAUUUAAAUACAAAAGAAAAAAAUUAGAAAAAAUCAUCAUUGA